GCAAAAACAAAAAACCAAAAGCAAAACAUACAUCGUUCUGCCCUGUGGUUCUAAUCCUAAAAUUCGGGAUCUCGAUUCGUAGGCAACAAAGAAAAUUGUUCUCCGGGAGCCUGCGAUCUAUCAAUCUCGAGGCGGCUGCGGAAGCAGGCGAUCGGUCGGCGAUGCCGAAGAAGAUGGGCGUAAACACGAAAGCGGAGGCCGCGCGCGCCCGUCGGAGCGCUGCAGAGGCGGAUCGCAAGGACCGCGCGGCCAAGGAGAAGGAUGAACAAUACUGGCGCGAGGCGGAGGGUUCCAAGACCCGCGCAGCCAAGAAACGUGAGGACGAGACAGAGAAGCGCGCCGAGGCCGCCGCCCGCCGGGCCGAGAAUCGCAAGCUCGCCGAGCAGGAGCAGCGGGAGAUCGACGCCGCCGGCCGCAAGCCUGACCGCAAGGCCGCCCGCGUUUCCAUCCCCGUACCCAAGGUCACCGAGGCCGAGCUCCAGCGCCGCCGUGAGGCGGAACGGCAGCGCAUCCUUCAGAACGCUGAGGUCGCCAAGAAGCAGCAGAGCCGGUCCGCCGAUGAGGAGGAGUACGACCGGAUCGUGAUGGUGGAGAACACCAAUAGGGACGACUCUGUCAUCGAUGCCCAUUCGGUGGAGGACGCCAUUGCCAGAAUGGCCCUCUCCGAACCAGCGCUGCCUACCGAUCGUCACCCUGAGAGGAGGCUCAAGGCUUCUUUCAAGGCUUUUGAAGAAGCAGAACUUCCCAAAUUGAAGGAAGAGAAACCAGGUCUGACCCUCAAUCAGUACAAGGAUAUGAUAUGGAAGCUCUGGAAGAAAUCCCCUGACAAUCCCCUCAACCAGUCUUGUAAACCAUUUUUCAGCAGACGAGGCACUGAUGACCUUAAUUUGUCGAUGCAGGCUGCUACUGAGUGACCGCAUGCAACUUUCAAUCAAACAAUUGCAGAUAAUGGAGGUGCAAGUUAAUUCCAGUUGCUGUCUCUUCGAAGUACGGAUGGUUCUGUUGAUAAUAUGCAGUGCGAGUACCAGUAUUGUAUACUAAAAGAGCAAUAGAUCUUGAGACAAUUAAGACAAACUACAGAUAUUAUUUUUCUUUGUCAACACUUGGAUGUUGCAGAAUUCUAGUACUUCGAUAUCGUUGGAUUGCAUA